AUGAGUUUAAUAAAGUUGAGAAAGAGUAACGAUAUAAACUAUAACAAGGAAAGAGGCCUCAUUUCUAGCUAUAUUUAUAAUACUCGUUUAAGAUAUUAUCUAACUUUAUCAUUGACAUUUGUUUUAUUAAUUAUAUUAUUUAUAAAACAACAAUUUAUUAAUUUAAAACAGUUCACCAGUUAUGAUACUGGAAUUUUAAAUAUAAAUUCAAAUAUUAAACUUGAAAAUGGUUACAUUAUAACCGAUUUUAAUCAACAGGAUCUAUUAACACUAAAACCACUCCAACCCUCUACUAUUAAUCCAUCACAAUUUGAGACCUGGUUAACCCAAGAAGUAGUAAUUGCUAGAAAUAAAAUAUUAAAAAAUAUAAAAUUUAGUGGUAAUGAAAAUGAAUGGGAUAAUAAUAUUCCUUUGGGUGUUCUUACGGCUUCUCCCUCGAGACAAUCUCCUAAUUAUUUUUAUCAAUGGACUAGAGAUAGUGCCAUGACUCUGAAUGCAUUAGUCUCGGAUUAUUUUGAUAAUGUUGAAACUGGACAAAAAAUUCAAAUUCAUGAUAUUUUGUUGCAAUACAUUAAUAACUCAAUAGUUUUACAAAGAUUGGAUAAUUUAUCAGGUAAAUUUUCAUUGAAAGAUAAAUAUAAAGGUUUAGCAGAACCUAAAUUUAAUAUUGACAGUACACCAUUUAAUGAGAAUUGGGGGAGACCACAAAAUGAUGGACCUGCUUUAAGAAUUAUUACAGUAUUAAAUUAUUUAAAAUUAUUAGAAACAAAUAGUUUAUCCGUUGAAAAUUUUACAAAUCCUAAUUAUCAUUAUACAUUUAAUAAUGAAUUGGAUAUAUUAUCAAACUUAAUAUAUUAUGAUUUACAAUUUAUUGUUUUAAAUUAUGAAGAAAGUAGUUUCGAUCUUUGGGAAGAAAUUGUGGAUCGUCAUUUUUUUACUACAUUAGUUCAAUUUUAUGCAUUAGAGAAAGCAAUUAAAAAAUGGGAAAACUUUAAACUUAUGUAUGGAAUUUUCCCCAAUAAUGACAAUAAUUUAUUGAAUCAACUUAAAACUACACAUAAAGUCCUUCUCGAGUAUUUGUUAUCUAAGGACAAUUUUAUUAACCCAUAUAAAGGUUAUGUGGUUGAAUCACCUAAUCUGUUGAAUAUACGAUCUGGAUUAGAUAUUGCCGUUAUAUUGGCAUCAAUCGUCUGUCAUCCUUCAAAGAGUAUAAUCAAUAGUGACCAUUUAGUUCCAUUUGAUGUUUAUGAUUCUGGAAUAUUAAAUACUUUGUAUUCUUUAGUGCAAAGUAUGUCCAUCAUAUAUCCAAUAAAUCAUCCUAUUAGUAAUCUCAAUAUUGGGGUUGCUUUGGGUAGAUACCCUGAAGAUAUAUAUGAUGGAGUUCAUACUAGUGAGGGGAACCCAUGGUUCAUUGCAACGACAUCUGCUGCUGAAUUAAUAUUUAAAUUAAUCGAGUCAUAUCGUGUAGAAGAAAAGCCUAUUGUAAUUGAUAUUUGGAAGACAAAAUUUUGGAGUUUGUUUUUCCAUGAGAGUAAUAAAUUUCCUUGGCAAAAAGAUUUAAUUGUCACUAUCCCAUAUAAUUCAAUAGCAUUUAAUAUGACCCUAGAUAAUUUAUUCAAAUAUGGGGAUUCUUUCUUUGAAGUAGUCAGAAAACAUAUGAGUCAUGAAGGUGAAAUGAGUGAACAAUUUAACAAAUAUAGCGGAUUCCUCCAAGGAGCUAGUGAUUUAAGUUGGUCUUAUUCGACUUUUCUAGAUGCAAUAAGAGCAAGAAACAAAGUUCAAGGACUCACUGCAUAG